AUGACAGACCAUGGCAGUGACGACGCCAAUAACGGCGGCAUUUACGACUGUAACGACAAUGAAAAUUACGAUAGCAGUAGCGAUGGCAGUGACGAUGGCAAUGACGGCGACAUUGACGGUGGCAAUGACGAUGAAAAUUGCGAUGGCAAUGUCGAUGGCAAUGGCGAUGGCAAUGACGGUGGCAUUGAAGUUGAAGUUCUAAUGGAAGUUUAUAUCUUUCUCUGUUACAGAAGUUUAUUUCUUUGUUACGACGGGAAUGCCGGUAGCAAUGAUGACGACAAUGAUGACGACAGCAGCAAUGACGGGGACAAUGAUGAUAGCAACUACUAUGACUAG